UUAUCGAGAAGUGGAGUGAGUUGUUGUUGAAGUGAGAUGGAGAAAAAGAUGGAGGAGGUGGUUGUGGUGGAGCCUCAACGGCCAACAAUUUGGCAGAUGACGAUUAAUGUUAAUGAAUGAAUGGAUUGAUUGAUUGCUUGCUUGCUUCCCAUUUCUUCCCAGUCUUACCCUCCCAGCCAUCAUCUCCAUCUCCAUAUCUUCCCCUCCCCCAGAACUCGGUCUUUUCUCGUUCAUGCGAUGAGAUAGAGUAGGGCCGCAAAGGCCAUUUCAUUUUCCUGUUUCUGUUUUUGGCACCUUUUCGAUUCAUCUGAUCCGCGCGCGCGCCUGAAUCUCGCUGCCCUGUGCUGUACUGUACUUACUGUACUUACUUCCACAAGGGAUCCUCCGAUCUUCCUCCCCAUCUGCAGCUGGAUUAUCUUCCUCUUGCAUUUUACUGCGUGCUUCGAGGACGCCAUGGCUUCCGCCAGCCUCGAUCAGCUUGUCAAAGGCUCUUCAGCGACACAAUCGUCCGACUCGUCGACUUCUGUGGCCGCCCCAUACAAUGGGACUCCGACAUCCGAUGAUGCCUCUUCCUCUUCCCCGCCACGCCCGGCCACGCCCGACGCAUACUCGAACCUGCCUUCAUCCCCACCCCAGAUAUACCUUAAUCUCCUUAUACUGGAAAGCUCUUUGCGAGCCCAAUAUCUAGCCCUGCGUGAACGUCGAAGGCAGAACACCUUUUUCCUGCUGUUGCUGGCCAUCUGGAUUACCUAUUUCGCCUACGCGCUCUUCCUCCGGCCCCGCGAGGAUGGCCGCGGGGUGGGCGGAUCGGUCUACUGGGUGGUCGAGAUGGGCGAGAAGGUCGCUCUACUCGGAGGCGUGGUCACUGCCUUGCUGGUCUGGGGAACAGGACAAUGGGAGCGCGGGGUGCGGUGGCCGCGGCGCUGGCUCGCCGUGACCAACCGUGGCCUCCGCACCAUGAAUACCAAAAUCAUCGUCAUUCGAGGUCCCUGGUGGCAGGAGUUGCUCUCAUACAUCUCCUUCCUCUUUCCGUUCAUCGACCCCUUCUCCCCUUCUCCCGUUGGGGAUUUUCACUAUAUCGAGCGCCCUGUGUCCGAGAAACGCGGUAGUCGGCAGCACUAUCAGCAGUAUUACGGGCAGGACACAGAGUCGGGCCUUGUGCAGGAAGAUCUAAGCCCAGGGGGUGACUACAUCCGACUGCUCCUCCUCCCCAAAUCGUUCUCUCCCGAAUUCCGCGAGAACUGGGACGAUUAUCGCACCGAUUUCUGGGAGAAAGAGAACGAGCGGCGCGCUCAAUUGCGUCAGAAGCUGCUCCAGAAAGAGCGUCAGAUCGCCCAGCAGGACCGCGGCUGGUUCUGGUGGCUUGGAUCCGGUUGGAAGACCUCCCAGCGUCGCCGACUCGCCGCAGCAACGCUCGGCCGAUCCGCAGAAUCCGGGCUCCAACCCCGUCACCACCACCACUCCAGUAUCUCCUCGAAACACGGUCUCGAGUCCAAAUCGCCCGCGCGACGGGGCCCCCGCUCCGAAUCGCACUCCCGAACCCCAUCCCGGAGCACUACUCCCGUGGACACGGACGAGCGGCCACCAUCGCGAUCGUCGAUCAGCGGCCGGCCGCGCCGAGGCAGCCUGAGCCCAAUCGCCCACCUAGAUCACGCGCAACAUCACCAACAGCAGCAGCAGCAGCGCAAGAAGAAAAGCACCAAAGCAAUCACUCGCGGGCUCUCGCCAUUGACCCAGGCACAAAUCCGCGAGGGUGUACUGCGCACUCCAUCUUUUUCAUCCGAAGAUUCCUCCUCAAUGAGAAGCAGUACUCCGGUCGAUAUAAAAUGAAAGCGAAUCUCUCAAGAAAAAGUGUAAAGGAAUAUACUGCAAAUAAAGCAAGGGUGUCAGGCUUAAUUCUCCAGCUGAGAAAUCCCUAAGCCCAAUCGCACAUGUUUGUUAAAUUAUACCCCGCGGGUCCCCUCCCCAUCCUCCUCCGUCUCUCCAGCGCCAUACGUCCUAUUGUCUUCAUGUAGACUUUCUUCUUCCUGUGUGUGUGUGUGUGUGUGUGUGCGU